AGUUUUACUAUGUCUAUGUUUAUAAUUAUCUUCUUUUAUAGUCUUUAAUUAUUUUUUCCUUUUGAUAAGGUUCUAAUUAUCUGUUGAUAUGUACUUUUUUAUCUAUAUUUUUCACAUAUCAGACACUAUUUAAUUAGCAUAGUACAUCUAAAAUUCGAUCUAAAAUCCUAUCUUAGACAAGGAAAGAAUCUAUAAUACAUAAGAAGAAGAAGUAAAUAGUGUAUAAAUUGUUUAACUUGCGCUUUACGUCUAAUUUCAUAUAUAGAAGAUCAAGUUAUAAGUUAAUUUAUGUCAGAAUAUGGAGUUAAAUUUGCGUCCUAUAUCUACAAUAAGAAAACAAACGCUCAAUUUUGAAAAUUGCCCAACGAAAACUUCAGAUGAACAGAUCGAUGUUGAAAAAUUAGUUUUACGAAAAUACGAGGACUUACAUACAAGAUUAAAGGUUAAUAAAAAUUUACCCGAACUUCUUAAAGAAAAACACAGGAAUUUUUUAUAUGAUAGUAUAACUUAUCUUUCGUCGUCUUACGAGGUUUUAGAUGCUAGUAGACCGUGGUUGUGCUAUUGGAUUUUACAUCCUUUAUCUCUAAUAGGAAUACAAUUGGAUAAUAGAAGAAAAAGGGCAGUUGCAAGGUUUUUAGCAAAAUGUCAAAGUCCGAAAGGAGGAUUUGGUGGUGGACCUGGUCAAAUACCCCAUUUAGCAACAACAUAUGCAGCAGUUAACGCGUUAGUCAUUUUAGGAACUGAAGAAGCUUUAAAUGUGAUUGAUCGUAAAAAAUUACAAGACUUUUUAUGGAGUGUGAGGCAACCAGAUGGAUCUUUUGAAAUGCACGAGAAUGGAGAAAUUGAUAUCCGUGGAGCUUAUUGUGCCCUUUCAAUCGCCAGUCUCACAGGUAUAAUGACACCAGAAUUAUUCAGGAAUACCGCGGAAUGGAUAGUUAGUUGUCAAACUUAUGAAGGUGGUUUCUCUGGAUGUCCCGGUAUGGAAGCUCAUGGAGGGUAUGCGUUUUGUGGAUUAGCUGCAUUAGUUAUAUUGAAUAAAGGCCAUUUAGUUGAUGAAAAAGCUUUAUUGAGGUGGCUGGUACAAAAACAAAUGAAACUAGAAGGUGGAUUUCAAGGUAGAACAAAUAAAUUAGUCGAUGGUUGUUAUUCCUUUUGGCAAGGAGGAGCUUUCCCUUUAAUUUACUCUCUUCUUCACGCUGCUGGAAAUACACCAAAAAAACACUUGUUUGAUAAUGGUUCUUUGCAAGAAUACCUCCUUGUGUGUUGUCAGAAUCCGAAUGGAGGACUUUUAGAUAAACCCGGAAGGAAUAGGGAUCUAUAUCAUACUUGUUAUACCAUAAGUGGCCUUUCACUAUCCCAACGUUUCGUAGAUACUACCAGUAUAUUAGGAUCCAAACAUAACGAAGUGAUGUCAACCCAUCCCCUGUAUAAUAUCAGACCCGAUUUUGUUAGAAAAGCUCUGGUUUAUUAUAACGGUCUAGGUUUACCAACGGAAGAUCAAUCGGCAACCUGACACAAUGUAAAUUCCAGAAUAUUUUUAAUUUUUAAAUUUUUAUUGAGGUUAUGUUUUCAAAAAUUGUUUUAGAUUUUUUUAAUAAUAAUUGGUAGGUAAUAAUGAGAAUUUUAUUAUUUUAUCCACAAUUAUGUCAUUAAAUAGUUACUGUUAUUAUAUUUAUUAUAUUUCGGUAGUUAUUUCACUAUAUUUUAUAAAAUGACUGCAUGGAAA